AUUGGUAUUUUAAUAGUAAUCAUAGUAGUUAUUAUUCAGUGUUAUUUUUGUUCGUAGUUGUAGAAGUAGUUGUAUUAACAAUGGCACGUGUCUGGGAGAUCGGUUGCUAGGUGACGACAAACAUGGCGGCCAACGUCCGAAGUGCAGAGGUGGAGAAAAAGAUUCGAGCAGCUUUCGAGGCGUUUGACUACUUAUCGAACCAAACAGUGGAUGUGCGAGAGAUUGGCACAAUCAUUUAUUCUCUGGGUUGCUUCCCUACUCAGGCAGACCUCCAUAACUUCAUAGCCGUGGUAGAAGAGGACGAAACAGGAUACAUCCAUCUGGACCGCUUCCUCCCCGCCAUGACUACGGUUCUUUUGGAACACAAGUUCCCCCCCAUCUCUGAGGACGUUCUGCUUCAAGCCUUUGAGGUUCUGGACAUUGAGAAGAAGGGCUACCUCGACCCAGAUGAUCUAUCGCAGUACUUGACUGAAGAAGGUGAGACUUUCACUCAAGAGGAGAUGGACGAGAUGCUGACAGCCCUCACUGACCAUGAGACCAACCUCAUUUACAGCAAAGACUUUCUCAACCACCUCAUCCUUGACCCUGAGGUGUAGAUGACAAAGUCUUAUAUAUGCAUGCAUGGACGUGAAUAAAUGGUUAUUGGGUUUUCACUGUGUCAUACUGAGAGCUGUUGCUAUUUGUUCAUUUAGUUACAUAAUAUGAAUGAAACAUACAAUAUGACGCUGUAUGGAAUUGGAGGGAAGUGAAUAAAUAAUA